UCAAAAAUGGCGGCCAAGUCAAAGAAGCGGCAGCGGCUGUCUAAAAUUGAAAAUAAAUUGCUAAAAUUGGAAAAAUUGGAGCUUAAAGACGUGUUCUGUUCGAUUUGCCAUUCUAUUCUAGUGGAACCUGUAACAUUGCCAUGUUAUCAUGACUUCUGUUUAAGAUGUUUUAAUGGUAGCGUAGAAAAUAAUGCUUUAUGUUGUCCUCUCUGCCGCUUACGAAUUGGAUCUUGGCUUCGAACCGCAACAAAACAAAAGAAUUUGGUGAAUGUUGAUCUUUGGAAUUUCAUUAAAUUUAAGUUUUCAAGGGAAAUUGACAUCAAGACUAAAGGAGAAGACAUUCAUUUGCCUGAAGAGCUACCACCUGCACCACAGAUUAGUGCACCAGGUGAAAUCAGAUUAGAAUAUGAAAAUGAGUUAAGGAGGUUGAGAGCAGAAAGACUGGAGCUUGAACAGAAACAUUUACAACAAACAGAAUUAUUGAUUAAAAAAAUUCAAGAAGAAGAGGAAGAAGCUCAUAGAAAGUAUUUAGAAGCAGUUAAAAGAGAUGAACUUUUAGCUCAGGAAAUGCAACAUGAACAAAAUAUUAGUACACCUGCGACUGCAGUUCGAGAAAGAACAUCUUCAAGAAAACAGAGUCUGAGAUCUGUGACCAAACCCCGACUCAAAGCAACAAAGAUCGAUGGCUACCUUUCCAAAGUCAAGGCGACAAUAGUUAAAGAUAGUCCACUUUUAACCGAUGAUAAUACAAGUACAGACAAUUCUACUCCUAAAGAACCUUCAGUACAAUGUAACAACGGUGGAUCCCCUGAAUUGAUUCCAAGUUAUGGCAAAUCACUCAAAAAUUUUCUCAAUAAGAAAAUGGAAUACAAGUCUAAUAUUUGGAAUAAAGAAAAUGGGGAUAGUAUUGAAGAAAAGAAAGUGGAGCCAGAAGUGUUAAACAGUAAAGAAGAUGAACACCAGGAUAAAACAAACACAAAGUCUAAUGCACCACAGUCAUUAUUAGUAUCUCUUCCCUUGCCUCAGUCAGGAAUACUCCAACAAAAAUCUAUCGAAAAUAGGAGUAUAGAAACAGGAAGUGUGGACUCCAUGAGGCAAGAGUUAUGUUACUUCAAACCAAUAGAAGCAACAACACCAACUGGCUUUACUGUAGGAAAAGGUUUGCCAUUAAGAAUACCUAGUGUGCGAGCAGAGCAAGAGUCUUCCUUUCCUGGUUAUGUCACAGCUCCGACUCAAGACCAGUAUUUAGAGGGACUAUGCCGACUUCGACAUCUAUCCAUAGCAAAAAACCUCCCUUCUGCGUUUGUAGUACUACUAAAUGGUUAUACUUUUAAUAAGAACCAUAUUAAAUGUGAAACGAAUACUCGACAAAGGGUCAAGAAACAUGGAGUCAUUAAUUCUCAGACUGCACCAAUACUACCCGUUAAAAGAUGUGCUCCAAACAGAAGCAAACCUACGGGACUUCAAACAGACGGCAUCAUGAAACAAAAACCAGAAAAGAAUUUGAAGCGAAACUUGCGACGAACUAGGUCUAUGGGAAGUAUGUCUAAAGAUGAAAAUGAAACCACGCCUAAAAAAGCAAAAUUAAAAGAAAGGAAAGUAGCUUCAGAGCGAAGGCCAUAUUUGAGAAGUGAUUCCAAAAAAUCAAAUGCCAAAAAAGAAUUUGAGUGUCCAUCGCCAAUUCCCGAGACUAUAAAUAACAAUAAGAUAAAUUUAGCCGUAAAAAACUUGUCUAGUCCAUUGAAAAAUUGUGAUCUAAAGAAUAUAGUGAAUGAGCAACUUAGGAUUGAAAAAUUAAUAGAACAAGAGAAGAAUGAUCUUGAAAUAGCGCGUAAAAUAGAUGCGGAGUGGAACAGCAGAAGGCAUCUUCGGCGUGCGCCCGUCAAGCGCCAAGUGACUCUCAGCUACGCCCUCAGGCCCGCUAAGAAAUUAAAAGUAUAAUUUUGGCAUGGAAGAAAUCGUCAACUAGGUAUAUAGCAUAAACGGUCUCAGUAUUCGUCUAUUGCAUUAUUUAGUCCAAAUCGAGUCAAUCAGGUGAUUCAUUAAUUGCGUGGGAAACCCAUUCAUAUAUAAUAUUACAGUGUAAAUGUUGUAUUAAAUCAUAUGACAGCUAAUAAAUACAAAUAUAUGUGUGAAGAUUGAGAUUAAUCUUGCCUUUGUCAAAUGUAUCGUUCAUUAUUCAUAUUCUGUUACAUUGUACAUAUUUACUUUAGUAUGUAAUUGUAACGUGUAAAAGACUUUAUUCCGUAACAAAUGAUUUUACGGCCAUUAUUUGUAGCAAUAUGUGAUAAAAUUGACUUCAUCUUGUUAAUUAAACAAAAGCUAUCAAUGUUAUUACAUUCUAAGAUGAUUGCCUAAUAAUUAAAAGGUUGAUAUUUAUCUGAGAAAAAAACUACCAAGAGACUGACGUCACGCAAAUGUUAUUUUGUUUGUGACUUCGUUACUUUAGUCCACAAAAUUCAACUGUAAUUUAUUCGAUGGCCUUUUUCUAUCAGAGAAUAAUAAUGUAAUAAGCCUGAAAGUUGAAAUUUAUUCGAACAAUUUGCGAAGACCAUUUCUCUAAUCCCUGAUUAACUAACCGAAGUUUUAUAUAGUAUUUAAAUCUUAUUAUUUACUUAUUAUAACAUCCAUAUAAAUAUCAUCAUUCAUCAAUAUUUUGUUGGUAUACGGUUAGUGAUGGUUAGUUAGGGCUUAUUUUUGUACGUAAAUUACGAACUCCCUUCGGUUUUAAUUUAUUGUAUAAAGGAUCAGCAUUACCAGCCGCCCACUACAUCAAUUUAGGUAUGUCAUGUGCCAUAUUGGUUUCUGACUAAAUCAUUACUAACAUUUCCAAAAAUCUUAUAUACUUCAACAGUAGAGUAAGCCGCGCCACAUCGGUUCAUACCAUCACACCACGAACUAGAGAUAAACUACUUAUGUGAGCGAGUUUAUGAGGUUGAACCUCUAUAUAAAUGAAAGGUGGACCUCGAUAGUCAGUUUCGCCAGUUUUUCGCAUCAUUUUGCUCGCAAAAUUUAGCAGACUCAGGCCUGCAUUCUUCAGCCGGACAGCGCACAAGGAAAAUUUUUCUAUAUGUGUACAAAUUUAAAUAGAGUUGAUGGAUUUGAUAAUAAUUAAAAAUAGCUCUAUUUAUAUCUAUAAAUAUUUACCUAUUUGAAUGUAGACUUAUCGAGACAUCUGUUUCAAUGCGCUCAAUUGAUAUAAUCUUGAAUUAGUCUUGAAUCUCUAGAUUGUACUGGGUAAAAAGUUGUAAUAGAAAUUUAUCUUAAAUAUAAUGUCUAAAAUGUUAAACGUAGAAUGAUUACUGAGAGUGAAAACGUAUUCAAGCUCCAUCAGAUGACCGACUUAGAACUUCUUGAUGUUAAAAUAUUAUGUAUUUCCAAUAACAUUGAUCUCCGGUUUCUGAAACUGCUGAAGCUGGAAGAAGUGACUCUUAAAUUUUCAAUAACUUUGGGCAGAGUUCAAUGGCGUAGAAUGUUAAGAACUUUUCGGAACCAAUAGGAACUUUCUAAAACUAUCUCUCACAUAUGGAUACCUAAAGCUUAUGCUCGUAGGAAACGCACAGUGCGUUUAGGCAUUUGAGGUUUUACAUCACACUAAUUAUUAUAACUACUUAUCAAGCGAACUAGUCUAUACAGCGAAAGCGUUUUUUCUGUAAAGUUUGAUUGUUUAAUGUUGAUACACGUGUGGAAUAAGUACCUAUGUAUUGUUAUAGUUACUAUUAGUACUAUACGAAAUAUAUGUAAAUAAUAGGUGUAUAUAUUUUACCCAAAUAGUAAUAGGUAGGUACUUCAUGGUUCAGUCAUUUGAAUGAUAUUGCCAUGGAUCUCAUAACAUGUGAUGAUCUUGUGAUGUAACAAUUUGGAAUGUAACUGAUAAUGCUAUAUAUGAUAUGGUGCUCUUGAACUCAUUCUUAUCCAAAAAAAUCGUUUGCCUAAUUUUGGUAAAUGAAAAAUUUUAUGUCAAUUACAAUUAGCAUUUGUAAAACAAAUGCAGAUAGCAAUUUCAACUACAUAAUCUUUAAUUUAAUAAUUAGUGUUGCAUAUUCGAGUACCUAAGCAUUGAAAUUACUAUUGAAUGACACCUAUUCUUUUUGACUGUAUUUAAUCUUUAUACCUAUUUUCGUUGUAAAAUAUUUCAGAAUAAAAACCCAUGUACUUACGUGUA